AGGACGAGGAGUGACAUGAACUGAGGAAUAAAGGCAGAGAGGACAACUGGAUGAAAAGGGCCAGCAUUACAAAGAUCUAAACAAAACGGAUAAAAAUGCAAGGACCUCUUGCCUGCAGAGGCACAUCUUGGACAUAGAAAGAAGAGAAGAAACAUUUUCCAGGGAACUGAUGACAGAAAAACCCUGCAGCAUCUGAACUAAAUAUUUAUUCUCAUGGUUUCUUUCAUCUCUCUCAUCAUGCUCACCCUGCUGUCUCUGUAUGUGGGAGCACUGCUGUCCUCAGAUGCAUCUCCUGCCUGCUUACAUCCACCUUGCAGGGACACUUUAGUGUCUACCCCUGCUUCUCCAGGGCCAGGAGCAGCAGUGACUACUAAGGCCAGUGAGGGUCAAGCUGGGACAAGUUCAUGCAGAUUGGGUGCUUCUGUUCCUGCUGCUUCAGACAAUCCUGAAAGGGAGGAGCAAAGACUGGAUUUCCCUCAGACUAGAUUGAAAAGUGGAGGUGUUAAAGAGCGCCUGGUUCAGCUGCAGAGCUGCAUGAGCUCUCUCCAGGAAUCAGGAGGCCCCCAGAGUUACAGGGACCAGGAGAGCAGCUCUCUGGGGGCAAUCCUGGCUCUGAUGGCAGCUGUGCUGACAGAGUGUGACCUCCACUGCCACAGCCAAGCACUUGGAGAGAUGGCCAAGCGACUGGAGAGUGCUGCAUUGGGAAGCAAAGAGGGUGAAAAAGACUUGCUGCUUUUCCUAAAGAGCAUCACACAGUAUUCACCUACAGCUGCUCCCAUGGAGAGGUUACAUCCACAGGAUUGUGCAGAGAUUUACAGUCUUGGGAUCAAAGAGACUGGCAUCUAUACCAUCCAACCUGAUCUACAUGGACCAGCAUUAGAGGCUAAAUGUGACAUGGAGACAGCGGGCGGAGGGUGGACAGUGAUCCAGAAUCGGCAGGACGGCUCAGUGGACUUUAACAGGACUUGGCAGGAAUACCGGGAAGGCUUUGGUAGUCUGCAGGGAGAGCACUGGCUGGGGAACGCAGCACUGCACGCCCUCACCUCCACCGGCCUGCACCAGCUCCGCAUUGAGCUGGAGGACUGGUACCAACAGAAGCGCCAGGCGACCUACAGCAACUUCAAGGUGGCCUCGGAAACAGAAAGGUAUCGUCUGACAGCCCACGAGUACUCUGGCGAUGCUGGCAACUCUCUGAGCUACAGCAAGCGCUACAACCACAACGGCAGACUGUUCAGCACUGCUGACAGAGACAACGAUCGCUACGCGUCUGGAAGCUGUGGUCAGUACUAUGGCGCAGGCUGGUGGUUCGACGCCUGCCUGGCAGCCAACCUGAACGGGCGAUAUUACCGUGGCCGUUACACGGGUUUGACCAACGGGAUCUACUGGGGGACGUGGUACAUCCUGACAGACGGAAGGACCGGGGAGCGGUACUCCUUCAAGAGGGUGGAGAUGAAGACGAGACCCAAAAACUUUAGGGGAACCAAGUGAGGAACACAAAUGGAGAGGGCUCACUGCAGUAUAUGCAUAGGAUGCAAGGCCUUUUAUUUUAUAGAGGGCAAAUUUUAAGCAACUUCCUGCUAAGAUUUACAUGGAUUUCAGUGAAUGGAUUGAAGACAAUAUAGUGAGUUGCAAAAUCAUUCAUACGCCCUGAGCCUUUUCACAUUUUGUCACAGUAGAAUGAAGAACAUCAUUGUAUUUUUAUCAGGAUAUUGUGUGACAGACUAACGCAAAGAAUUGCAUA